AUGGCGGUUGGAACGCAAGGAUUGCUUGAAACAGCCGAUCAAGCACUCUCUGCGAAAUAUCAAAGUGGUGGAAACAGCGGUGGUAGUGGUAAUGUUGCUGGCAACUAUAGUGGUGGGGGCAGCGGUUCUGGUAACUAUCAGAACUAUAACAACUCUCAGCAACAACAAAACUACAACAACUCAUCGUCUUCGUCAUCGUCGUCACUGUUCAAUCUGCAGAGUAAAUUCUCUGAUCAACCUAUUGAUACUAAAGAGGGUAUACAACACGCCUAUGAAUCAGUGUCUAGAGAGAUCAAAUCGGCUGCGCACACGAUCAUAGCGAUACCGAUGAAGGAAUACCACCAAAAAGGAACCAAAGGCUAUAUGAAGUCGAUGGUAAAAGCAGUUCCCAUAGCAAUCAUUCGUCCGAUGAUCGGUCUGACAGAAGGUGUAUCGAAAACACUACUUGGCGUUAGAAAUCAAAUCGAUCCACAAAAGAAAGCUGAAAUGGAUAACAAAUAUAAGAAAGUUGUUUUCCAUUAA